UUUUCCUCCUCGUCGCCGGAGGUUUCCCAGGUGUCUUGCUCGCUCGCUGUCUUCCAAAACUUAUGCCUGCCAUUACAACCGAGAGCAGACUUGGAUCCUAAGAUACCACUGGACUCUACAGCUGUUGAGUAAUCGUGUGAGAGAGCGAAGGAUUCGCGAGUGGCUGAAUAAAUAGCUUAGUAGAGCAUAAUGCUGCUGUCAUCUGUGCCCAAGCGCAUGCUGAUGCGAAGGUCGCGCAGCCUGUCGCCCUGUCGGGCGCUUCAAACGACCGGAGCCGACUCGUCUUGCACCACAGGACGCCAGGGCUUGCGCGAGGCAGUGGAUGCCAAUCGGAAUCCCCUUGUGUCCACGUCUAGAGUGUCGAGGAAGGGCAUUUUGAGCGAGGAGGCUAGCUCGGCGAAUGUGACCCCGCACAUGCAGUACCACCACCUCGCCACGCGGUGGCUGAACAACCUACAGGGCCGCCGGAGCUCGUGGGCCGCGCUCGCCAGCAGGGGGCGCGAGCAGAACUACUGGGAAGGAGCGGGCGGCAGGGAGAGUCGCUCGUCCGGGGCCACGAGCGCAGGCGUGCUGUCGGCCGCUGCCAUCGCCUUUUGCCUGAAGAAAGACUCGAGCUCCAAAGGUGAUACACUUCUGCAGGCUGCAAGGACCAGUAGUUCUCAGGAAGUUAUCAGGUUACUGGCGGAGGGUGCGGAUGUUAACCAUCGGCACAAGCUGGGCUGGACACCUCUCAUGGUGGCUGCAAUGAACAGACAACACAAUGUGGUGAAGGUUCUGUUGGAGAAGGGGGCGGACCCUAACCUGGGUGAUGACUUCAGCAGUGUGUAUGAAAUCUCCCGGGAGAAGAGCAUCCAUUCUCUGGAGGUGCUGGUGACGCGUGAGGAUGAGUUCAGCAGUCGUCUGAGCUCCAGGGCCAACUUCAGAGGCUGCACCCCCCUCCACUACGCCGUGCUGGCAGACGACCUCGCCACUGUACGCAUGCUGCUGGAGGCAGGUGCCGACCCCCUGCGGCCCAAUAGCCAGGGGCACACGCCUGCGCAGUACGCCAAAGAGGGACCACUGCAGGAGCUGCUCAAGGAGUGGGAGGGCAAGUGUGUGGAGGCUCGGCAGCAGAGGGAGGCAGAGGAGAGGAGGCGGUUCCCUCUGGAGCGACGGCUGAAGGAGCAUAUGAUUGGCCAGGAGGGAGCCAUCAACACUGUGGCGGCAGCGAUCAGGAGGAAGGAGAAUGGGUGGUACGAUGAAGAGCAUCCAUUGGUAUUUCUCUUCCUCGGGUCCUCUGGCAUUGGUAAAACAGAACUGGCAAAGCAGGUGGCUCGAUACAUGCACAAAGACAUCAAGAAGGGUUUUAUACGGAUGGACAUGUCCGAAUUCCAGGAAAAACAUGAGGUGGCUAAGUUCAUCGGCUCUCCUCCGGGGUACGUGGGCCAUGAAGACGGAGGGCAGCUGACCAAGCGGCUGCGCGACUGCCCCAACGCCGUCAUCCUGUUUGACGAGGUGGACAAGGCCCACCCGGACGUCCUCACCAUUAUGCUCCAGCUCUUCGACGAGGGGAGGCUUACUGAUGGGAAAGGGAAGACUAUUGAGUGUAAGGGCGCAGUGUUCAUCAUGACGUCUAACGUGGCCAGUGAGGAUAUUGCCCAGCAUGCUUUGGGCCUGCGGAGAGAAGCUCAGGAGCAGAGCCGUCGACGCCUGGCUGACAACCUGGAAGAGGUUCAGAAAAGCAGUCAAAUCACCAUAUCCAAACAGUUUAAAGAAGAGGUCAUACGUCCCAUUCUGAAGGCUCAUUUCCGUAGAGACGAGUUUCUAGGGCGGAUCAGUGAGAUUGUUUACUUCCUGCCUUUCUGCCAUGCUGAGCUCAUUCAGCUCGUCAACAAGGAGCUCAACUUCUGGGCCAAGAAGGCGAAGCAAAGGCACAACAUCACACUGCUGUGGGAUCCGCCAGUCUUGGACCUCUUGGCAGGGGGCUACAACGUGCACUACGGGGCUCGCUCCAUCAAACACGAGGUGGAGCGCUGUGUUGUUAACCAGCUGGCCGCCGCCUAUGAGCAGGAGCUCCUCCCUAAAGGCUGCACGCUCCGCCUCUCUGUUGAGACGGGAUUGGAGGAGCAGGGAGGGGCGGAGCCAACGCUGCGACUGGAGGUGGUAGGAGAUGACAGCUCAACACACACGCUGGAGAUACGACCCCCCCUCAACCCAGAACAGACGGGCUACGCCCACUAACACACACACACACACACACACACACACACACAGGACAUACAAACCAAACAAUAAUCUAGUGGAAGUGGGACACACACACACACACACACACACACACACACACACAGGACAUACAAACCAAACAAUAAUCUAGUGGAAGUGGGACACACACACACACACACACACACACACACACACACAGGACAUACAAACCAAACAAUAAUCUAGUGGAAGUGGGACACACACACACACACUCACCGGCAUGCUAACAUCAUGUGCACGCAUUCACAGUAAAGCAUACACACCAUUCUCAUCAUCACUCACCACAACCUACGGGAGAUGACCAGCACAUCAUCUCUCCCACACACACACACACACACACACACACGCACAUACAUACACACACACACACACACACGCAUGCACACAUGCACACAUCAAUCACAUGCCCUCGCUCAAUCCAUUCAUGCAUAUCUAGUCAACUCAGGGGAGCUAGCCUAUCCAAUGCUGACACAUUGACUAUUCCUCCUUUUUUUACCACCCUAACGCACACACACACACACACACACACACACACACAUAUAUAUAUAUAUAUAUACAGAAUAAAGAGAAUGUUUUGUCCUUCAACACUUCUAAUAAGUCAAUAAAGACAGCGAUCCUUCAGCUUUGAUCUGAUUUAGUGCUUUCUGUUAGCAUUGCUAGCACUGCCAUUGAAAUCGUUUAGCGCUUUCUGUUAGCUUUGCUAGCACUGCCAUUGAAAUCGUUUAGCGCUUUCUGUUAGCAUUGCUAGCAUUGGCAUUGAAAUCGUUUAGCGCUUUCUGUUAGCAUUGCUAGCAUUGGCAUUGAAAUGGUUUAGCGCUUUCUGUUAGCAUUGCUAGCACUGCCAUUGAAAUCGUUUAGCGCUUUCUGUUAGCAUUGCUAGCACUGCCAUUGAAAUCGUUUAGCGCUUUCUGUUCGCAUUCAUUGCUAGUGUUGCCAUUGAAAUCUUUUAGAAAUUAACUCGUACUUAGCAAAGAUUCAGUUAGUUGAGCGCAAACACAAAACAGACAAGCAGUUCACCGAACUGGACAAAAGGAAUUUUUUAGGAUUACAAUUGCUGACUGCAACUUUAACUGGAAUGUCCAAUUGCUGACUGCUACUUUAAUUGGAAUGUCCUAUGAUGCCAUUGGCUGCCCUGUUUCACUAAUCAUCAUUGUGUCAUGUCGCAUCACUAGCAGGCCUUCUGGAGGCCUAUAUAGCAAUAUGCAUCUGAGGAAUUGGACGUGGGGGUUAUGUAAUUGUGUUGUAAUUGUGUUAUGUAAUUGGGAAUAAGUUGCCAGUUUCACUCACUCUAAACCAGUUAACUGCGUAGGAGCCAGUGGUGUCAGUGGAUUUAGGGUGGAAAAACUGACCUGGACUCAAGAUCAAAUCAAAAUUUGACUUUUGAUGUCUCCAGAACAUAUGCGUACUCCACAAGACUGAUCACUCGCAAACCAUCAUGAUUGAUUAUAAUGUCUCCUGAACAUCUGGACCGGCAGUCCUCAUAACAUCCAUCCACACUGUCAGUCCUCAUAACAUCCAUCCACUGUGCUGAAUAGAAGCCUUGGACAUGAACAACUGAGGAAAAUGUUACAAUUUUAACAUGCAUUAUUGUAAUACCAACAUGACGUGAAUGUGCCAUCAGGUAGUGUCAGUUGCUAACAGCCAUGCUAUCAUCUCAAGUUCCCAUGAUUUAGCAUUAGUAGUGUCGGUUGCUAACAGCUAUGCUAUCAUCUCAAGUUCCCAUGAUUUAGCACUAGUAGUGUCAGUUGCUAACAGCUAUGCUAUCAUCUCAAGUUCCCAUGAUUUAGCACUAGCUAAGAGUCAUGUUGUCACAAAAUCUACCAUGCUAGUCUCUGCAGUUAACCAGGCUAGUAUGCUAGUCCUGGAGGGUAUUCCAUCAACCUCCCUAAGGGCCAAACCUGUCUUCUUUUGAUAAGUCUCGCUAAUUAUAGUGAGAGUUAUGUUCCAUUAGUGUAGUUUACGUGAAUCCCACUGGUAACUAUGGCAAUUUAUGCCACAGAAAUAGCCUGGUCCGCAGGAGGUUAGCUUUCAAGCUAAAUCAAGCUGUUGCAAACAUCAUGUGCUUUCAUUUUUCCAUCACCUGUAGCCUACAGCUUCAGAAAUAGAAGUAGAAUUUGUUUUCCCAACAGUGUCACCGAGCAUUGAUUUACAUAUUCUCUAGUUCCGAAGAAUUUAAGAAAGUUAUACAACUUUCAAAUAUUAACUUGACAUGAAUGUGGUUCUAUGAAUCUUGAUACUCUCCAGAGUCUACAUUAUGUAGUGGUGUAACACAUAGCAUAAUCUAAAUCAUGUGGUGGUGCAACGCGUAGCAUAAUCUACAUUAUGUGACGGUGUAACGCGUAGCAUAAUCUACGUUAUGUGGUGGUGUAACGCGUAGCAUAAUCUACGUUAUGUGGUGGUGUAACGCGUAGCAUAAUCUACAUUAUUUGGUGGUGUAACGCGUAGCAUAAUCAACAUUAUUUGGUGGUGUAACGCGUAGCAUAAUCAACAUUAUUUGGUGGUGUAACGCGUAGCAUGAUCUACAUUAUGUGGUGGUGCAACGCGUAGCAUGAUCUACAUUAUGUGGUGGUGCAACGCGUAGCAUGAUCUACGUUAUGUGACGGUGUAACGCGUAGCAUAAUCUACGUUAUGUGGUGGUGUAACGCGUAGCAUAAUCAACAUUAUUUGGUGGUGCAACGCGUAGCAUAAUCUACAUUAUGUGGUGGUGCAACGCGUAGCAUAAUCUAUGUUAUGUGGUGGUGUAACGCGUAGCACAAUAGUAAAGGAGGCAUUCAUGCUUGUUCUCAGGUUCUCAGGUUCGCUUCCCACAUGAAGCUUUUACAUAGUUUAUCACCUUGAUCAUUUCUGUUAUUCUAGAGACUUAUGGCAUUCUUAGUUAUACUCUUUAAUGAAAGACAUUCAUUUCUUCGACAGUCCUUUAAUGUCCUACUGUUGAUAAAGGGGCCAUGCACUUUUAGUAGCCUGUGCAGUGACAGUAAAUAGGCUAUGUCAGUGGGCUACAUUACAUCUGAUGCCACAAAUUGUUGUUUAAAUGUACUUUUUUUUUAUUAUUCUCCAAUUUAAAUAGGCUACUAUCUAUUUUUGUUCACUCUUGAUCUUGAGUUUUAUGACUUUCAACCCUGUAGAUGGCACUUGCAGAUCGAACAGAAAUCCUCUAGUUUUCCCUUUAUUUACGUUAGAUAUAUCCUCAUCCUCUUUUCGUCAAUCUACUGUUUGCUUUUCCACCUCGUGCAUGAGCAGGCAUGAAGCUGACCUAAGCCUCGCUUGAAUAAACAAGGACAAGAUGCAGCUAACUAGAGUUCAUGGAACAGCUUCAGCCCCAAGUGAAAGUCUACGCUAGUCCAAACCAGGUUAAGCGCACCGCCUUCAUUAGCAACGUUGAUGGAAUACCCCCCUAACUGAAGUGGAGACUAGAACGCUAGUCCUGUAGUUAGCUACAUGAUCAGUGGUGUGUGUGUGUGGUGGGGGGUUGUCUCUCUAGAAUGAGAACUGAAGAACUGUACUAGAAUGGAACUGAAGAACUGUACUAGAAUGGAACUGAGGAACUGCAGUGACUUGUGGAGGAGAGAGAGAGGAAAAGUGAAGAGAGAGAUGAGGGUGUCUGAGGAUGGAUGAUUGAGUGUGAUAUGUACAGAUUAUGAUAUAUGAUAGCUAGCACAGCUUCUCUAGUGCGUGCGUAUGUGUGUGUGUGUGUGUGUGUGUGUGUGUGUGUGCAUGUGUGUACCAUUAUGUGUAGAAGGUGGAGCUGUGCUCUCUUGAGCCUCAGGUUAGAAAUCUGUUGCCAUGGUGUUGUGUUUUUGUUGUCGAUGAUCAUUUCUGCUUGCGAUGACAUGGAGGGGGGGGGGGGGGGGGGCAGCACUACAUACACACACUCGGACAUGGAGAGAGAACCGUCCUUGCUGGGCUUGGUUCUCCUAUGAGUAGAAGAUUUGCUGUGUAAGUAAAUCUUCUCAGGAUUUAUUUUCAGGAUGAUGUGCUGAAGAUCCUGCUCGCCUCUCACACACACACACACACACACACACACACACACACACACACACACAGUCUUAUAAAUGCACACACACACACGCACGCACGCACGCACGCACGCACGCACUCACACACACACACACACACACACACACACACACACACACACAGUCUUAUAAAUGCACACAAACACACAUAGUUCCUGUCUAGGAGUUUGUAAUGGGGGCCAGAUCAGGGCCGAAUGAGGGCCAGAACUGAGUGUACUGCAGAGUCCCUACUCUCCACCUCUCCAUGUGAGCCUGAAACUAUAUAGACUGCAGUAGGAGUGUAGAGACUGCACACAAAGCUGCCAUAUGUAGAUACAGACACAUAUUCUAUAGAUAUAUGAGUAUAAAUAUUCUAUAGAUAUGAGUAUAUUUAUUUAUUUAUUUAUUUAUUGUUGGUGAGUCAUAUUAAAGACAAAGUGUUUUUGCCUUCAUGGAUGUCUCAAGCGUAUCACAAAUAUUACAUGUGUAGGCGUGUGUGUUCACCCAUAGUGUAGGUGUGUGUAGGAUAACUGUGCGUGCGUGUGCGUGCGUGUGUGUGUGUGUGUGUGUGUUCUGGGUGAACACAGUCACCAGACCAAUCAGGGAGAGUGAGCUUAAGGAGUCAAGUCAUGUGUGUAUUUAUUCUGAAAUUGUUUAUUGUAACACUUGUUUAUACUUGUCUAUGUGGGCAUGGACAGAGAGAUGAUUCACUCUUUUACACGCAAACUUUGUUAGAAUCCAGUGAACACCACAAUAAAGCCAUCAUGUUAAACACUC